CCCCCCGGCCGUGGAUGCUCGCUCGGGCUCGGGAUCCGCCCAGGUAGCGGCCUCGGACCCUGGUCCCGCGCCCAGGCCCUCCCCAACCCCCCAACGACGGAGCCCGGGCUGGGGGCGGCGGCGCCCGGGGGCCAUGCGGGUGAGCCGUGGCGGCGGCUGCAGCGGCCUGAGCGCCUGA